UGGUGUUGAAAAAAUCUCCUGUUAGAGAACUCUAUAGUAGAUGUUCGAUAGGAUAUUUUCGGAGAAGAAGUACUGCAUUGUCUGGGUUUCCAGAUGGAAGUAUGAAUAUAGGUAUGUCUGGGUUCCUCGAGCCUUACCGAAGUAUCUACUGCUUUUCGAAGUGGUGAGAGAUGACAUCUGCCAAAUCUUCCCCUGUUUUCUGUGUUCUAUUGCUGGCAACGUAGACCUCGUACAAGAGCUGGUUUACGAAGACCUGUCCCCAGCUUCAGAGGCUCAAAAGACAAUCGAGGAACCAGCUCUGACCUGACCCUAUUCAAAGUCCAAAGUCGACAGGCUUCCAUCUCGCCGCUCUCACUCUUCACUCUCUAUCGCGUCGCAAACCUCUCCAUCUGGCUGGCUGGCUUCCGGUGUUACACAAGCCUCGAACAACAAGCUCUUCCCAGUCGCCAUGAAGCGCUCGUUCCAGCACGUGUCACCAGCCAAGUCCGACGUCGAUGAAAGCGAGCCCGUUGCUAGCACUGCGGUCGCCUCCAGCCACGAUACCAACCUCUUCGGACGGGCACGGAAGCACAGGGUGUUGUGCCGCUCGAAACCAUCGACUCUCGAAGUGCACCCAACACUAAAUACUGGCCACCUCGCGUUUUCGAGGAUGUCGCCGCUUGCUGCUCCUCGGAAAUGUGGCGACUUGGAGGCUAACAUCAAGGAGGAGGCGUUGCUGUGUCUGGUGCUCUCGUUCCUCAACGUACGUGAUCACCAGACUAUUCGACAGACCAGCCGAUCAUGGCGACGACGUUUGCAAACUUUGGACUUGGAUCGACUCGACUUGUCAGCGAAAACGUCACCCGUAUGCACCCGUACACUGGACCGUGCAUGCCAAGGAGUAUUGCAGAGCUACAGUCGCGUUCGUCGCCUUGAUCUAUCGGGCCAACGUUCCCUUACCGACCGAGAUCUGCUCGUAUUAACGUCAAGCUUUUGGGCACACUUAGAAGAGAUCGUCGCAGAUGACUGUCUGGAGAUUUCGGAUUUUGGGUUACUCGCCGUUCUCAAUGCUCAAUCGCUUCGGUUGCGCUCGGUAUCGGUGCGUCGAUGCAAGCGAGUGACUGGUGAACUGUUUGCUGCUCAAACCUCACCACUGAAGCAGCUCACAGGAUCACACCCCUCUCUGACGAGUCUCAAUCUGGACGACACGAGUGUGAGUCGUGACUUUAUCUCACGCGUUGAAGCUCAAUUCCCAACGCUCCAGAGUUUGAAUGCUUUGCACACACCAGCCCACCGAUCGUUUUUCCAGCAGAACCCGACGUUAAAUGCGCUGCUGCGUGAACUGCAGUUACUGGUGAGCAACGAGCUCGUUGACUUACCGUUGCUGCCUGCUCUUCUUGAUGAAUUUAACCGGUGGUGCAGUGGCCGGCGAGGACGGGAAGGUGGAGUCUUCGAACGUACUUUGGUUGCCAGUGGAGCACGUGCUUUGCUAGACGUUCCAUUGCUUCUCACUGGUAGUGAUGACUCCAACGUUGACAGCCCUAGUGAAGCGGAAGACGGCGUGGCUUUGAUGUCACCACUGCUGUACGCGUGUGCCAGGGGAAGGACACGUCUCCUACCAGUUAUUCUGGCAGCAGGCAACGGUACUGCGUUCGACUUGGAGAAUACAGACAUCGACGGUCACUCGCCAUUGAGUCUUGCAGUCGCCAACGGGCUUACGGAAGCCACCCGACUGCUAGUGCGAGCUGGGUGUGACGUUAACACUCGUUCACUGAGUUUAGAAUCUCCGCUCUACCUGGCCUGUGAACACGGCUGGGAUGUUCUGGUGGACAUGUUGCUUGAUGCAAACGCUCAAAGGGACUGUGCUGUGGCCGGUGGUGCGACGGCUUUGUGUGCUGCCGCCAAGAACGGCCACCGGUCGACCGUAUUGAGACUUCUUGCAGCUGAGCGACAGGCUGAAGAUGAAGCACAAGUUCGAGGUCGCAUGGCUAAGCGGCAACUGGUUCAAGCUUUAUUCCUGGCUUGCGAAGGUGGCCACUUGUUCGUGGUCUCUGAUCUCCUACUGCUCACCGAAUUGGACGCCAACGUUCUCAUGGAUGAGAACGUAUCGCCGCUCUAUUUGGCGUGUCAAAUGGGGUAUGAAGCCAUCGUUUCGCUGCUACUGGAGCGUGGUGCCAAUCCCGCUUUCCGCCGUCCGAACGGUGGAGUGUCCUGCCUGUACAUCGCUGCUCAGGAGGGACACGACCAGAUUGUUCGGCUAUUACUGCACGCUGGAGCUGACGCCCAUGCCAAGAUGGAUGACAUGUCCACUGCACUGCACAUUGCUGCCCGUAUGGGACGCAAGGCCGUCUCCCGUACGCUACUGCGUUAUGGAGCUCGUCUAGAUGACCAGACUCGCUCCGGAUUAACGGCGUUGUACAUUGCAAGCGAGGAAGGUCACGCCAAGCUGGUUGAGUUUCUACUGGAGGUUGGAGCUGCUCGUGACAUCCAGACAGUUAGUGGCGCGACGGCACUUUUCGCUGCUGCGCACCGCGGUCACUAUACCGUGGUGGAAGCUCUGCUACUUGGUGGUGCGAGCGCCACAGUCUCCAAGCACAACGGUAUGAGUCCUUUGGAUGCUGCAACGCUAGUAGGCGACAUCAAAAUUGCUAAGUUACUGCUACGCUUCGGUGCGCGCGUGGGAGGAUUGGCUCUACACCUUGCAGAGCGUCGACGGGAUGCCAGCGAUCUCCAAAAUAUGCUGCGCACUCGUUACUACACUCAGCACUUCGCACAGGGUGUCACGUCCAAUGUGACUAGCAUUCCGCCUACUCCAGCUCCCACUUCGACCACAGCGUCGGAGAACGAGACCACCCGGGUCCGUUAGAAGUAUCAGCGUUUUCACGCUGAGGUACAUUAGCAAUAGAAAAGCAUAGUUUAUCGUAACAUUUGAAAAUGCUGUAACUUUUUGUACUUUUCGCCAAA